UUCGGACGUGUGGAGCAGCCACCAGGGCGGGCUGGUGGCGUUGUCCUCUUGGGCAGUUUCUUGGGCAAGGUCGUGCCUCCUUGAGGGCAGAGGCGCUGGUCACAGGGCCCUGACUCAGACUCAUAUUUUCCCCUCAAAGCGAAUAGAGCCUUAGCAAAGCCGUCGCAGCUGGCUUAGGGGUAAUGCUGGCCUCCUUAGUUAUGCUGAGCGAUGCAGCCCUCCUGGGGUCGUUCGGAACGCCCGGGAGAGUGACCACUCCCGCCCCUGAGGGGGAAGGGUGGCCGGUUUCCAAGACCGGCUUGGUCAGGUGACAGCGGCGCGGCAUACUCAGCAGCAGAAACGGAAGAACAGCGCUCGCGAGGCCGCGGGAGCCUGCAGAGAGGACAGCCGGCCUGCGCGGGGACAUGCGGCCCCGGGAGCUCCGCGGGCUCGCGCUCCCGCUGCUGCUGUUGCUGCUGCUGCAGCCGCCGCCGAGCCCUGCCCACAGCUCCACGCGCUUCGACCCCACCUGGGAGUCCCUGGACGCCCGCCAGCUGCCCGCGUGGUUUGACCAGGCCAAGUUCGGCAUCUUCAUCCACUGGGGCGUGUUUUCCGUACCCAGCUUCGGUAGCGAGUGGUUCUGGUGGUAUUGGCAAAAGGAAAAGAUACCGAAGUAUGUGGAAUUUAUGAAAGAUAAUUACCCUCCUAGUUUCAAAUAUGAAGAUUUUGGACCACUAUUUACAGCAAAAUUUUUUAAUGCCAACGAGUGGGCAGAUAUUUUUCAGGCCUCUGGUGCCAAAUACAUUGUCUUAACUUCCAAACAUCAUGAAGGUUUUACCUUGUGGGGUUCAGAGUAUUCAUGGAACUGGAAUGCCAUAGAUGAGGGGCCCAAGAGGGACAUUGUCAAGGAACUUGAGGAAGCCAUUAGGAACAGAACUGACCUGCGUUUUGGACUGUACUAUUCCCUUUUUGAAUGGUUUCAUCCGCUCUUCCUUGAGGAUGAAUCCAGUUCAUUCCAUAAGCGGCAAUUUCCAGUUUCUAAGACAUUGCCAGAGCUCUACGACUUAGUGAACAACUAUCAGCCUGAGGUUCUGUGGUCGGAUGGUGAUGGAGGAGCGCCAGAUCAAUACUGGAACAGUACAGGCUUCUUGGCCUGGCUAUAUAAUGAAAGCCCAGUUCGGCAUACAGUAGUCACCAAUGAUCGUUGGGGAGCUGGUAGCAUUUGUAAGCACGGUGGCUUCUAUACCUGCAGUGAUCGUUAUAACCCAGGACAUCUUUUGCCACAUAAAUGGGAAAACUGCAUGACAAUAGACAAAUUGUCCUGGGGCUAUAGGAGGGAAGCUGGAAUCUCUGACUAUCUUACAAUUGGAGAAUUGGUGAAGCAACUUGUAGAAACAGUUUCAUGUGGAGGAAAUCUUUUGAUGAAUAUUGGGCCCACACUAGAUGGCACCAUUUCUGUAGUUUUUGAGGAGAGACUGAGGCAAAUGGGGUCCUGGCUAAAAGUCAAUGGAGAAGCUAUUUAUGAAACCCAUACCUGGCGAUCCCAGAAUGACACUGUCACCCCAGAUGUGUGGUACACAUUCAAGCCUAAAGAAAAAUUGGUAUAUGCCAUUUUUCUUAAAUGGCCCACAUCAGGACAGCUGUUCCUUGGCCAGCCCAAAGCUAUUCUGGGGUCAACAGUGGUGAAACUACUGGGCCAUGGACAGCCACUUAACUGGAUUUCUUUGGAGCAAAAUGGCAUUAUGGUAGAACUGCCACAGCUAACCAUUCGUCAGAUGCCAUGUAAAUGGGGCUGGGCUCUAGCACUAACUAAUGUGAUCUAAAGUGCAGCAGAGUGGCUGAUGCUGCAAGUUAUGUCUAAGACUAGGAACUAUCGGGUGUCUAUAAUUGUAGCACAUGGAGAAAGCAAAUGUAAAAUUGGAUAAGAAAAUUAUUUUGGCAAUUCAGCUCUUUCCCUUUUUCCCACUAAAUUUUUUCUUAAAUUACCAUUUUAACUCUCCAGUGCACUUUGCCAUUAAAGUCUCUUCACAUUGAUUUGUUUCCAUGUGUGACUCAGAGGUGAGAAUUUUUUCACGUUAGAGUAGCAAGGAAUUGGUGGUAUUAUGGACUGAACUGAACAUUUUAUGUUGAAACCAUAUCCCCCAACUUGACUAUAUAGUUAUGUAUCACUUAACAAUGGGGAUAUUUUCUGGGAAAUGCAUUGCUAGUCAAUUUUUUUUUUAUGCCAACAUCAUAGAAUAUAUUUACAAAAUCCUAGAUGGCAUAGCCUACUACACACCUAAUGUGUAUGGUAUAGACUAUUGCUCCUAGGCUACAGACAUAUUCAGCAUGUUACUGAAUACUGUAGGCAAUAGUAACACAGUGGUAUUUGUGUAUCUAAACAUACGGAAACAUUGAAAAGGUACAGUAAAUAUACUGUAAAAUAAAUGGUGCACCUAUACAGGGCACUCACUGUGAAUGGAGCUUACAGGACUGGAAGUUGCUCUGGGUGAGUUAGUGAGUGAAUGGCGAGUGAAUGUGAAGGCCUAGGACAUUAUUGAACACUACCAGACUUUAUAAAUACUGUAUGCUUAGGCUACGCUACAUUUAUAAAAAGUGUUUUUCUUUCUUCAAUUAAAAAUUAACAUAAGCUUACUGACUCUUUACAAAGUUUUUAAUUUUUAAAACCUUUUUGGCUCUUUUGUAAUAACUUAGCUUCAAACAUAAACUCAUUGUGCAAAUGUACAAAAAUAUUUUCUUUCUUUAUAUUCUUAUUCUAUAAGCUUUUUUUCUAUUUUUAAAAUUUUUAACAUUUUACUUUUACAGAAACACACACAUUAGCCUAGGCCUACAUGGGGUCAGGAUCAUCAAUGUCACUGUCUUCCAUCUCCACAUCUUGUCCUGCUUAGAAGGUUUUCAGGGGCAAUAAUACCCAUGGAGCUGUCAUCUCCUAUAACAAUGCCUUCUUCUGAAAAACUUCCUGAAGGACCUGCCUUAUGCUGUUUCACAUUUUUUUUUUUUUUAAGUAGAAAUACACUCUAAAAUAAUGACAAAACAUAUAGCAUAGCAAUACAUAAACCAGUAACCUAGCUGUUUAUUAUCAAGUAUUAUAUACCUUACAUCAUUUUAUAUGCUAGAUUUUUAUACGACUGGCAGCACAGGUUUGUUUACACCAGCAUCACCAUAAACAAUGUGAUUAACGUGUUGUGCUAUCUUAUGAUGGCUAUGAUGUCACUACGUGAUAGGAAUUUUUAGCUCCAUUAUAAUCUUAUGGCACCACCAAUAUAUAUGCAGUCCAUUAUUGACUGAAAAGUUGUUAUGUGGUACAUGGCUAUAUUUUGAAAUAGGGCCUUUAAAGAGUAACUAAGGUUAAGUGAGGUCAUAAAGGUAGGGCCCUCAAGCCAAUAGGACUGAUGUCCUUAUAAGAAGGGGAAGACACACCAGGGAUACAAGUGCACAGAAGAAAGGCCGUAUAAAGACAGUGAGAAGGUGCCAUCUGCAAGUCAAGGAGAGAAGUCUUUGAAGAAACCACAUCUGCUGAUACCUUGGACUUUCAGCCUCCAGAACUGUGAGAAAAUAAAUUUCUGUUGUUUAA